CCUAUUUAGUAAUUUUAGUUACCUAGACUGGGCGGAGUGUACCGGUGAGAACACCCCCUGGAAAAAGCGAUGCUCGCCUACUUGGCAGGGUGGAUGUACAAUACAUAGUUACAUAGUAGGUAGUUACAUACUACCUACCGACAUACCAGGUAACCACGGGUUUACAUAUGUAUGUAUGCACAUUUUCUAGGUAGAUAUAUGUAGUACGCAUAGUACCCUAAGCGUUCGACGCCAGUAGUUACUACUAGUAGUACAUCAUAAAUACCUACCAAUCCUAGGUAACGACAGCUGCAUCUCGUUGUCUCAGAAUCCAUCACCGAUAUUAUCUUGUGCGACAUAUCUCCAUUCUAAGACCCAUUUCGCAGCCAUGACAUCGACAGCCACAAUCUUCGGAAGCACCGGCCUGGUCGGUAGCUUUAUCCUAUCCACCGUUGCCAGCCUCGAUGCCUUCAAGGCCAUUCAAACCAUCUCGCGUCGAGCGCCCAAAACCCAGUCCCCCAAAUUGACUGCCACCAUCGAGCCCGACACCACCAAGUGGGCAUCUAGUCUCUCGUCCAGCAAACCUACACCCGACGUCGUCUUCUCUGCUCUAGGGACCACCCGACAAGCUGCCGGCGGCAUCGCAAACCAGUGGAAAAUCGACCAUGAUUUAAACGUCGAGCUCGCAAAGACCGCCCACGCCGCCGGCGUCAAGACCUUCGUGUUCGUCUCGUCGGCCGGCACGGACACGAUACUGGGGAGCUACCUGCCGUACUCGAAGAUGAAGAACGGCGUCGAGGAGUCGAUCAAGUCGCUCGCCUUCGACCAGGCCAUCAUCCUGCGCCCCGGCAUCAUCAUCGGCGACCGCGAGGUCCCGCACCUGGGCGGCCCGCUCCUCAUGUCCCUCAUACACGGCAUAGGCAAGGUCUCGCGGGGCUGGCAGGACAGUUGGGGCCAGGACGCUGACGUCAUUGGACGCGCUGCAGUGCAUGCGGCUACGUUGGCUGCUGAGGGGAAGGCGCCGAGUAAAUACUGGAUCCUAGGGUCGGAUGACAUUGUCAAGCUGGGGAGAGAUGAGUGGAAAGCUUGAGUGGGAAGACGAAGUCUAAUGUGGAAGCCGUCUUGGUCUUGGAGGAAUGAUGUUUCCGUCACCUGGGUAAGUACCUAGGUAGGUAGAUAGAAUAUGGCGCCUGGAUACGGCGGUUGACUGGCAAGUAGACAGACUGAGAUACUCAGUUGAAUCGGUAUAUCCCUAAGCGCCUAAAUGCAGUAGUACAUGGCAAUACAGCACAUGGCUCUAGGCGAUGGGAGGUGGGGAUAUAGUUGCAUUGUACAAAGGCCAUAGCCGGAAGUGUGAAUUCCCUUUGUGCUGGGAAGUCGAUAUCUCUACUACAAAGUAAAGAAAGCGUUGAACCAUUUCUACACUUUUAGUACAAACUUUGAUGAAUAGAAAGCAAAUCACAGAAAUCAUUUUGGCAAUUGUGGUCAUCUCUCUGCGGCUCAGUUUU